AUGGUCUUAUAUAGUUUUGAAAUGUUUAUGAAGUCCAUAAGGAAAAAUCUAACCGAUAUUAAUAAUAAAAAUAACAAUGCUGAUACUAGCAGCAGUAGUUCAAGCGAUGAGUCAUCUGAAAAUGACAUUGAUUCAAAAAUAAAAAAGUCAGGCUAUAAAAAAAGAAUAGCGAAAGAGUCUAGCAGCAGUGAUGAAGAAAGUUCAAGCGAUGAUGAAUCUUCUGAUUCUGAUUCAAAAAAAAAAUUUUCAGGUAAGAAAAGAAUUGGCGGAAAUAAUGAAUCUACUACCAGUAGUGACGAAGAAAGUUCAUCAGAAAGUGAUUCCGACUCUGAUUCAGAAACAAAAAAAAAAGUUGCUAUCAGUAGUGACGAAGAAAAUUCAUCAGAAAGUGGUUCCGACUCUGAUUCAAAAAUAAAAAAAGAAGUUAAUAGCAGUAAUGACGAAGAAAGCUCAUUAGAAAGUGGUUCUGACUCUGAUUCAAAAAUAAAAAAAGAAGUUAGUAGCAAUAGUGACGAUGAAAGUUUGGACGAUGAUACAUCAGAAAGUGAUUCUGAUUCGAUAAAAGAAUUACCUACUAAAAUAACUGGUGUAACUAAAGUCAUAACAAAGGAACCUAACAGUAGUAGUGAUGAAGAAAGUUCAAGUGAUGAUUCGUCAGAAAAUGAUUCUGAUUCAAAAAUAAGAGCCGAUAAAGGAGCUAAAACCACAGCAAAAGAAUCCAGUAGCGGUAGCGACGAGGAAAGUUCGGAUAAUGAUUCAUCAGAAAGUGAUUCUGAUUCUGAUUCAAAAAUCAAAAAAUCAGUUGACAAAAAAAUUGAUGGAACUAAAAUUACAAAAAAAGAAUCCAGUAGCGGUAGUGACGAGGAAAGUUCGGAUAAUGAUUCAUCAGAAAGUGAUUCUGAUUCUGGUUCAAAAAUCAAAAAAUCAGCCGACAAAAAAUUUGAUGGAACUAAAAUUACAAAAAAAGAAUCCAGUAGCGGUAGUGACGAGGAAAGUUCGGAUAAUGAUUCAUCAGAAAGUGAUUCUCAUUCUGAUUCAAAAAUCAAAAAAUCAGCUGAUAAAAAAAUUGGUGGAACUAAAAUUACAAAAGAAGAAUCCAAUAGCAAUAGUGACGAAGAAAGUUCAGAUGAUGAUUCAUCAGAAAGCGAUUCUGAUACAAAAAUAUCAACUACUACUGCAAAUAAUAAAAAGAGGACAAAAGAAUCUUCUAGUAGUAAUAGCAGUAGCGAAGAAAGUAGCGAUGAGGAAAGUUCGGAUGAAGGUGAUUCUGAUACAAAAGCUAAAAAGCCUGUUAAUGCUAAUAAAGGAAAUGGAACAAUAAAUACGAAGAGAAUAAAAGUUUCUUCUGGUAAUGAUAAGAAGAGGAUUAAAAAAGAAUCUGAUUCGGGCGAUUCUUCAGAAAAAACCAUAUUAGUGAAAAAAAUCGAACCUUCAAAUAUUAAAUUAACACCUCAGGCCAUUAAACGGAGAAUAAACGAUGACUUCACUAAUUCAAUUAAGAAGCCAAAAGUUGAAUCAGAAUGUAAAACAGUAUAUGUUGGAAAUUUACCAUCUAGUAUUGACGAGGAAACAUUACGUAAGAAAAUGCAAGAGGCUGGUAAAGUUAUAGAUGCUCGAAUAAUAUAUGACAAAUUCUCAAACGAACCAAAAGGAUAUGCCUAUGUUGACUAUGCUACUGCUGAAGACACUCAAAAUGCCUUAAAAUUAUCAGGAAAGGAUAUCAACGGGAGAGCAAUAUCUAAGCCGGGUGGCUCAACCUUUAACAAUAGAAAUAAUGAACCUAGCGAUACAAUUUUUAUUGGAAAUUUACCUUUUAAUGCUAAUGAAAAUCAAAUUGAUCAAAUUUUCAAAGGAUGUGGCAAAAUAGUUUCAAUUAGGCUACCAACAGAUCCAGUUACAGGCGUUCUUAAAGGAUUUGGAUAUGUUCAAUUUGAUGAUAUCGAUUCGGCAAAAAAGGCCUUGGAUUUUCAAGGCAAAGAGGUAGCAGGACGUUCCAUAAGACUUGAUUAUGCUGGAACCAAACGUAAUGCUGAUCGUAAUGGUGGUAAAUUUAACGACAGAGGAGGUUUUAGAGGAAAUGAUAGAGGAGGUUUUAGAGGAAAUGAUAGAGGAGGUUUUAGGGGAAAUGAUAGAGGAGGUUUUAGGGGAAAUGAUAGAGGAGGUUUUAGAGGAAAUGAUAGAGGAGGUUUUAGAGGAAAUGAUAGAGGAGGUUUUAGAGGAAAUGGUAGAGGAAAUUUUAGAGGAAAUGGAGCAAUAGUUCCUGGACAGGCUUCACCUCAAUGGUGUCAAUCGUAUCAUAGAGAAUUGUUCCUACAAUAUGGAGAAUUGACUGGUUUUUCUAAAGUGGAGGGAGUCAUUUCAGUAAUUCAUCAUGAGAAUUCUGGUUCCAUAGUUAAUAACUCUUUCAAUAGCAGCAGUAGUAAUGAUUUUUGUCCCAGUAUAUCGACACCACAAAAUAUAGAAUGUAUCGAUGAUCGUGGUGAUGUUAAUGUUUUGGACGACGCUGAUAAUUGUUUUGAUAUUGAAAUAUAUGAUUCAGAAAAUAUUAUUAAUUAUGCUGAAGUUGAUGUUGGUGAGAUUGACACUACGGACUAUAAUGAAGGUUCUACUGAUGCGAUUAAUACGUUAGAAGGCAAUUUAGAAGUGUUUGAGUUUGAUUUCAGAGUAGAAGAUAAUGAAGAUUAUCAAAAUGUUACAAUUGAUGUUACAGAUUUGGUUGAUACUUUUGAUGAGUUCGAAGGGAUUAAUGUUUCACAGAUUGAUGAUGAUAAUGCCUUACGAAAUAGUAAUGACCAUGAUAAUGGUGAUGAAAUAUAUAUUUCGCAGGUUAACGAUUAUGAUUAUUCAGAGAUCAAUGUUAUAGAAAAUAAUAAUAAUUAUGAAGUUGUUGAUGGAAUUCAUAGAAUUGAUGAGAUUGAUUUUUCAGAAGAUAUUAUUGAUCAUGACAAUAAUAAUUUUAAUAUUAUAGAAGAUCUUGAUGACGAUAGUCGUUAUUCUAGUAGACCUAUUGUCAUUGACGAUGAUAACGAUGAUAAUAAUAAUAAUUUUAUAGAUAUAACAACUCCCAUAAUAUCACGUGAAUCAUCGCCAUUAUUGCACGCAACAACUCCAUCACCAUCAAGAUAUUAUCAUUCAACCUAUCCAAUACAAUUACAACAGUCUAAACCACAACCAGAUAUCAUAAUUAUUGACGACGACGAUAAUGUGAAUACACUGUUUGAUAAUACAAAUGCACGAAUCUCAACAUCAUAUUAUCCCCCUUUAUCAUCUUCACCUUCGCCUGUUAAUGCGGGUGCUGCUGCGAGUGAUGCAGAAUCGUUAGAAAUUAAAUGUACAAUCUGUUUAGAUUAUCCCAAAGAUGUUUCAGCAACUAUUUGUGGCCACAUCUUCUGUUAUCAAUGUAUAAAUACAGCAGUUAGAACUCAAAGAAUGUGUUCUAUAUGCCAACAUUUUAAAACUUGUGAAUUGAUAAAAUCCGAAGCAAGUCAAUUACGGAAAAUAACUGAUAUUAUUGAAAAAGCGACAAACUCUGCAAUUUCAUUGAAAGGGAAAUUAUCAGAAUUAGACAAGAUGAUUAAUGAACAUGAAAAGGCUAAUGAAGUACAAAUUUUUGAAGAAUGGAAAAAAUCUGAAAUAAACUUAUUUAAUCAAUUUAUUGAUUUAAAAAAUGAGGAGUUAAAAAAUAAAAAAGACAUGUAUCAAGAACAUUAUGAAGAAGUCAUUAAAAUUUAUCAUGCUCAAAAAAUCCAAAGUUAUCAAUCUGAUUUUGAAGCUCAAAUGAAUAAUUAUAGAAAAAAGAUUGAAAGUUCUUCACCAUCUUAUAAUGGUAUGAAUGAUACUAUGAAAAUAAUAGAAAAGCCAGAAGAUGAUAUUAUUCAUAAUUUAGAGCAAGUUGAAUUGGAAACUGCAGAUGAUCGAGAAGCAUUAGAGAAUUUUCUUGAAUCCGGAAGUGAUGAUGAUGGUGUAUAA